AUGCAUCAACUAGGACGGCAGUUUGUGCGGUGCUACUCUUCUGCCUCUGCUUCGAGAGUGCCUUUAGCCUACACGCUGCACAAACCGCGAGGCAGGACACACCAUGUCAGCCGUCCACCCAUCGUCUUCAUGCAUGGCCUUUUUGGCUGCAGGAAGAAUAACAGAAGCAUGAGCAAAGUCCUGGCUUCCGAUCUGGGAACAUCAGUCUACGCUGUUGACCUUCGUAACCAUGGAGACUCCCUUCAUCAUCCGAAGCAUGAUUACACCGAGCUCGCCCUUGAUGUGGAGCAAUUCAUUCACGAACACAGCCUGCGUGAUGCCAUCCUCAUCGGCCACUCCAUGGGCGCCAAAACAGCCUUGACUCUUGCUCUACGCUCUCCCUCCUUAGUGUCGAGCGUCGUUGCUAUAGAUAACGGGCCAAUUCGUUUGCCUUUAACUGACGACUUUCCACGCUACAUCAGGGGCAUGAGACAUAUUCAGUCACAGGCUACUCCCGUCUCCUCCUUGUCCCAGGCUGACUCGCUCCUCUCACAAUAUGAGCCGGACCCUGCCAUCCGUCUCUUCCUUCUGACGAACCUAGCAAAGAAAGCUGGCCAGGACCACCUGCACUUCCGGGUGCCGCUAGAUAUACUCUCGUCAUCGUUGGAUGCUCUGGGGGAUUUCCCGUACAUCGACCCUCAGGAAACUCAGUUUGAGAAGCCAGCUUUAAUCGUCAGAGCAACCAGGAGUCAUUACCUGCCGGACCACUCUAAAGAACUCAUGCAUAAAUUCUUUCCAGACCUUAAGUUGGUAGAUUUUGACUGCGGGCAUUGGGUCAUUACUGAGAAACCGCAUGAGUUUAGACAGGUUGCCGUUGACUUUAUACGGGACUCUGUAUUGUCUACGCCAUAG